AUCAGUGGUCGGUUGUAGUUUUUCGCAGUGUCACAGGCAGAACAGAUUAUUACUCUGAUAACUUUUCCUUUCGGUACCGAAGCGUCCUGCCGCUUGGUAGUCAGGGGAUGAAACGGCUCUAAGUUCUGCUUCGGAACCGGUUUGGUGACGGUUCUUAUCACAUCUCUGCGGCUUCCUGACAGGCCUCUCUGUUCACCGAGGCAGCAUCAGCUCUCACGCCGCUGUAGGGUGGGCCCGGCUCGGCUGCAGCAUGGAGCCGGUGCACCGCUGACCUGGAGCCGUUUCUGGGAGAUGAGCAGAGGCAUUUCGGUCGGGCUGUUCCCGCUGCUGGAGCUCGGGUGUGAAAAUGAACGGCACUCAGCAGAGUGAUGAGAAGAGACAGCACCUCCUGGAGAGGCUGCUGGAUGCUGUCAAACAGUGCCAAAUCCGCUUUGGAGGAAGAAAAGAGAUCGCCACAGACUCAGACAGCAGAGUGAUCUGUCUGUGCGCCCAGUUUGAAGCUGUGCUGCAGCACGGCCUGAAGAAGAGCAAAGGUCUGGCCCUCACAGCUGCUGCUCUGAAGCACGCUGCAGGCUUCAGCAGCAAGACAGAAGCCGAGCUGACAUUUUGGCUUUAUGUGAAGGAGCACCUGAACCGCCACGAGCUUCAGCGCUUCUACUCCCUGCGCCACAUCUCGUCGGAGCUCGGCCGGGGUCGCGCCUGGCUGCGCUGCGCUCUGAACGAGCACUCGCUGGAGCGCUACCUGCACACGCUGCUGGCUGAUCGCUCGCGCCUCGGAACUUACUUUGAAGACUGGGCUUUUGUUCUUGAUGAAGAGAGAGCAAGUAUGCUCCCCACUAUGGCUGCAGGGUUGAACUCCAUCCUGUUUGCCAUCAACAUCGACAACAGUGACCUGAACGGCGCAGUGACACGAGGAGGUCCGUCUGUGUCCAACCUGCUGAAGGAGUCCACCCAGGGCAUCGGCAGCCUGUUAAAGGAAUCCACCCAGGGGGUUAGCACUCUGCUACGAGAGAUCAGCACUGCUACAGCUGUUGUGCCUGGCUUCACCCCAAAGACGGACGGAGCUUCGGACCCGCUGCCCGUCAUGCCUCGAAGCACCUCUGCUGACUCUGGGCUGAGGAAGGAGCGACGCAGGAAAAAGAAAAUCACCAACAUCAUUUCCUUUGAUGACGACCUGGAUGGAGGGGCUGAGGAUGAGGAGGAUGGAGAGUGGGAUUCUCAGAAGCCGAAGGAGGCGAGGACGAGUGGUGCCCCUCCGACUCAGAGCAGCGUGGAGGAAGGGAUAGACCCCUUAGAGCCGACCCUGUCAGAGUCCCCGGCCCAGAACGGCAUCCCAGAACCCUGUAUAGCCAACUGGGUGGGGUCGCCCCACCCCUGCCGCACAGCGCCCCCAGCUGGACCACCUCUACCUGACAGUCAGGAUAUAGAAAACGAGGAGGAGGAGGAGGAAAUGUAUAAACCUCGAACACAAAGCCAGGAGGAAACAAUCCCCUCUGAUCAGCUGGUGGUGGGCAGUCUAUCCAGUGUGUCCACCUGGAGUCCAGUCCAGGCUAUUACUGCCCCGCCCAGCUCCGACAUCCUCAUCCCUGUCAAUCCUGCUCACCCUCAGCCAGUGAGCUCUGUGGAGGACACGGCCGUGUUUCCCGUUCAGUGUGACUCGACAGAAUCGGGGGAGAACUGUGAGAGCGGCAGAUCGCAGCUCACCUUCAGCAUGGACUCCAGUCCACCGGCGCAGCCCCGUCCGCUCUCCAGUGGGCUACAAUCAGCUGGGCUGCCUGACACCAUGACAGUGGUGGAGCUCCGUCAAGCCAUUGUAGCCAUGAUGAACAGGAAGGAUGAGCUGGAGGAACAAAACACGUCUCUGCGCAGCCUGUUAGACGGCGAGAUGGAGCACUCAGCAGGCCUGAGGCAGGAAAGUGAAUUGUUGAAGAAGAAGCUAGCAGAACUGGAGGAGAGACAUGGGGCUAAAGUCCAAGCGUUGGCCAGGGAGAACGAAGUCCUGAAGGUCCAGCUGAAGAAGUACGUCGGCGCCGUACAGAUGCUGAAGAGAGAAGGCAGCCAGGGCGGCGACGGUUUGUCCAUGUUGCGCUCAAAUGAAGAACAGGCUCCUACGCUGCAGAACAAGUUCAUCGGGGACAUCGAGGAGCUCGCUGCCAGUUACGAGCGAAAACUCAUAGAGGUGGCAGAGAUGCAUGGCGAGUUAAUAGAGUUUAAUGAGCGCCUGUACCGCUCCCUCAUGGCCAAAGACCACCUUAUUGUCCAGAUGAGACAGGAACUCAUUGACCUCAGAGGACCGGUUCCAGGAGAUUUAAGCCAGACUUCAGAUGAUCCAAGUUUGUCCGACUUUGAGACGGCUCAUCGUGCUCUCAUCAACGUGUGGAUCCCCUCUGUCUUCCUCCAGGGCAGAGCCGCCAAUGCCUACCACGUCUAUCAGGUUUACAUCCGCAUCCUGGAUAACGAGUGGAAUGUCUAUAGACGUUACACCGAGUUCAGAGAGCUUCACAACCAGCUGAGAAUCCAGUUUCCACAAGUGGACACCUUCAACUUUCCACCUAAGAAAGCCAUCGGGAACAAGGAUGCCAAGUUUGUGGAGGAACGGAGGAAGCAGCUGCAGGGCUACCUCCGCAUGGUGAUGAACAAACUGAUCCAGGCGCUGCCGGAGUUCACAGCCCGCCCCAAUAAAGAAACCCUGCUGUCUCUGCUGCCUUUCUGUCAAGACACCCCCCAGGGCAGCGAGGGCGGAUCCAAGACGCCCCGAUCCAGAACUUCAUCUCGCUUCCCUAGAUUGGGCCGCAGCCGCACACAGGAAAGCAGACCGGAACCGCAGAGCGGUGACCUUUGAGCCUCUGACUGGAAACGGACUGGAUGAUGGUGUCUGUGUACGGAGACACUCUGAGGAUGUUCAGGGACGUUCACUGGAACUGGGAAACCUCCCAGAUAAAAGCCUCAGACAGGAGAUGAAGAUAAAUGAGGUCAAGUUGUGGAGAUUUAUUUGAACCUUGUUGUGCGUCGACCUGUCAGACAGCAGAUAAAUGACUCUAGACACACAAGCCUGUGGACCGGCCCAGACAUCCAGAACUUUAUUCCUCCUUCAGAGACCAAAAGGCUCUUUAUGAAGAGCAGCUGGACAGAGCUGGACUGUUCUGCAUCAUAUCAAGCAGAUACAGUUUGUAGUUCAAGUGUUUGAUGUUCACAGUGCCUACCAUGUUUUGUAGCUUAUUUCCUGAAGAGAAGGGGAGGGGGGGGGUCUGUUAUAUUGUUUUAGUGCCAUUAUUACACAGAUAACAAUGACUUACAAUCACUGGACCACCAUGCUGCUGGUUUUCUCCCCGCUGCCUUUAUUGAUGCUUUUUUAAAUGUGUAGAAAAUGUCAACAGAUCCUGCAUCAUCAACAUAAUCCAGGUCCGUUUUCUACAGCAAUAGACAAGGGUUCUAGGAUGAACCCACAGCUGAAAUGUCAUCUGCCUUUUUUCCGCGCCUGCAGAACCCUGAGAAAGUAUUUAUACAACUUUUUACAUUUUGUCACAUUAAAACCAUGAAACUUUAACCUAUUUGAUUAUAGAUGUAUAUUUACUCUGCUGAAGUUAAAGGGAAAAAUCCUUUAAAGGGAAAAAUACUUUGACUAGACCAAUUUAACCAAUGAAUCUAUGAACCUGGCUGUUAGGGUCAUUAGGAGCAUCCAAUAGGUGGCCUUCAAUUAAUUUCUUAGAGUAAGCCUCAUUCUUCUUCAUCAACUCUGACCUGCUUUUUUUGUCCCAGAGCAUGAUGCUGCCACCACCAUGUUUCAUCAUGGAAAAUUGUGAUUUAUGCUGAUAAAUUUUCACCAAACAAUAUUUAGAACUUUUAUAAAAAGUAAAUUUUUUGGUCUUUUUCCACAGAUCUGCUCUGUCUCCUGACCAGAUCUAUGGAGUCCAGCGAUAGUAGUUGUCCUGUCAUCAGGUCCUCCCACCUGAGCUGUCGAUCUCUGCAGCUCCUCCAGAGUCACCAUGGUCCUCUUGGCUGCUUUAUAAUGAUCUGUUUAUCCAGCCUGACCAUGGCUCGGUAGCUCUGCGGCUGGUCCAUACUCUCCAUGUUCAGAUGAUGGAUUAAAUGGAGCUCAUAGGAGAUAUACAAAGUUUGGGAGAUUGUUUUGGAAGCAAUUCCUGCUUUAAACUAAACCAAAACUUAUUUUCUGAUGUUUCUGCUGGGUUCCUUGGUCUUUGUUAAAUGACAAUCAGCUGGUUUAUGUUUUGGGGGCUCAGAAGAUUGGUAGCUGCACAGUUUUUUAACGGGGUGCUGACCACAGUUGUCUGCCACCUCGUGUUGGACCGUUACAGUGAAGCUCAUGGUUGUAACGUGACAAAAUGUGAGAAGCUCACUGGGUGUGAAUACUUCUGAAAUGUUUAAAUCUGUUACAGCAAGCAGAGAAUCAGUUACUGAAAUCUGCAGCAUCAGGUGAC